UCAAAAUUCAAUCAGAAUUUAAUUAAGCAAACAAACCCCGAACUCAUCGACUCACGCUGGUCUUCGUGUCAUCGCUCUGUGGGCUAAUGGACUGCUGUGGGUUUCCCGCUCACCCCGUCGCUCCGCUGAGGCCGCGAAUUCUCACCAUGGCAACCGAUUCCCGUAAACACAGGACGGCGAUGGCGGCGAGGUGGUUGGCGGAGGUUCGAGAACAAGUGCAGCUCGGUGAGGGUUGGCAGGAGUAUUGCAAAGAGCUGUUUGAUGUUGUGCUCCAGCAAUUAGCAGAAGGACACAUUGAUUUCUUCACUGAUUUAUCUGCAUCUGAGAAAACACUUUUUGUAGACCGAGCUGCCAAAGCAAUCAAUGGAGGAAAUGUCUACAGGGCACUUGUUAAUCGGAUCAAUUCUGCGUUGGAGGAACAGAUUGGUAGACACCUCAUUGGUAAAAUACAGGAAAGCAAACCAAUGAAAACUAGGAGUGAAGCAUUUCAGAGUCAUAUCGAGGAUGGUGUGAUGUAUCUACUACAGAAGUGGCCAGACAUGAAAUCCAAAUUGCGUAUCUUGUUUAACCACAGCUUACCACCAGACUUGAGGAAGUUUACUUGGAAUCUUUAUCUGUCGAACACUAAAGUGAGAACGGAAUACCUUUCCUGGCUUUCUCUAAACGUUGCCGAGUCCAGCAGUGACAAGGAGAUAUAUCUGAAAUGUGAAACUCUGCUGUAUUCAGAGCCAACCUUAAGAACUCUUGGUGAAACAAAUUAUGCAGCCAAGGCCAUGAAGAAUGUCCUGUCUUACUACCAGAAGAUUCAACCCUCCAGCAGCUGUCUUUCAGAAACAAACUAUCUCCUGCUGGUUCCAUUAGUACAGGUCUCCAUAGCAGCAGCCACUCAGAACACAACGCUCAGUUUACUUAGCACUCAGCUGGUUGAAGCAUAUGUAACAUUCAUGGAGUGGUGGAUGAAGCAACAGGUUAAUCAGAUGUCCAACAGUUCAGUUGAUGACAAUUGUUUCAAAGAGGUGGCAAACAUGCUUGACGGAAAGGAUAAAGAAGUAUCUGCUAUAAUCCAGAAAAUCUAUGCUCAGCAAGCAGAGAGCAAAUCCAGGGAAGAUUUACUGAGAGGAUUGCAAAGCCUUCUCCGUCCAGUGAUCAGUACUCUUUUUGUAGGAUACCUGAACAUGGAAACCAUGCUGUAUGUUUGGGAUCAGCACAUCAUUGGCAUGGAUCAUCCUUCCUACAACUGUCUCCCAGUGUUCUGCUUGGCCUUCAUUCUUUUACUACGAGAAUAUUUACAAAUUUGUAAAACGCCAGGUGAUGUGGAUGUAAUGUUGAGAUCACAUGCUCCUGCAUUGACAAGCUUACAGUUUCAGAAAGUGAUUAAAGAGCAUUUCUACACAAACCUCUACAAGAGAUUAAACAAACAGAACACUGAUGUAUUUACAGUAUUGGACUCAGACCAAGUAAGAUUCCCAUCUCCAUGGAUUAAUCUCUUCAGAAACCAUUUGGCACAUCGAACCCAACCAAAAGAGAGGCGACGAGCCAGGGAGAAACGGGAAACUCAGCACCUGCAGUACCUGGAAGAGGCAAGGCUGAUGAGGCUAAGGGAGGAUGAAGAGCGAAGGAUGGAAGAAAAAAAGCUUCAAAGACUCCUGGAGGAGACUCAGAGAAUUAAUUUGGAACAGAAGGUUUCAUUUGAAGAAAAACUUCGCCAGGAACGGCACCUUCGAUAUGAGAUGCAAAGAAAGGCAGAAGAACAAGUCAAUCAUUUACAAGUUGAAAUUAGGCAGUUGAUGCAACAAAGACAGUUUUCCACUGAUGCUUCCUCUCUGAGAAGCUUUAUACCACCCCCACCACCAUCAUUAGAAUCAGCUAGUAACAGUGGAAUCAGGAUGCAUGGACAAUCUGUCCCACCAGAAGGUGAAGUACCAGAUGACUGGAGGACAGCAAAUGUGAUGGCCUUAUUCAAGAGGGGUUGCAGGGAUAAGCCAGAUGCAAAGAUCACACCAUCCAGUUUGACUGUGAAUCAGCACCAAUAUACAGGCAAAGGAGAGCAUGUGACCCUGGACCUUUUAAAUCAUCUCAUGUGCACCACUAAUUCAAUUGCAAAUGGAAAAGACAUUGGAGACCAGACUCUGUUGAACAAGACAACACAGGAACAGCUUCAAAGAUACGAACAGGAUGUCAGAAAUGCAGAGGUAGUAAUUCAUUCUUUAGUAUUUAAUAGUUAA